UUUUCUUAUGUCGUCGGCCAUUGAUUUUCGUCAGGGACUUUAACAAGAAGCAGCUAGGUUAUUUUCCGGGGGUCACCUUUUCUAUUGAACAGAGAGGUUUUUCUUUUCGUAGAGUAGUGUGUACUUCUGACAGUCGGUUACCGUUAGGCUGCCUUGUCGCCUGCAGAUUGUGUCGACAUGUCACUCCUAUCGACAGACAUAUUGUUGUGACAGGGCGCUCCCAGCGCGAUAAAGACAACUUCGCCUAAAUGUGGCUGUCACGAACAGAUAAUGAUGAAUAACCGCCAGGAACCCACGAUGUAAUAGACAUUAUCAUUUUGUCGUUAGUGUUGGCUGGACACGAAGGAGGACGUUGACCUAACCGUGUUUUUAUGUUGGAAUUCGCUGGCCUCCUCGUAUGUGAAAUGGAACAUGCUCGUUCGCACUUUCUUGCUAUGUUUUGGUCAUUUGGUAGGUAGCUGGCAAGCCAACGCACUUGAGUUUGUUUUUCUUGCUUUUAUGUGUCUGAGUCGCUCACUACCUGUCUUGCAGAAUGGGACUGUUGCUUUUGCAAUUGUCAAAAUGUCCAGGCGUGAAUAUUUUGAAGCGCGAGGUUCACUCCCGUGUACAUAAUCUAUUUUGGUUAGAAUGCCAGACGUCCAGGGGACAACGAGAGGUGAGUGGGAAAAGGUUCGAACCUGUGGCACGCUCUUCGCUUUCACACCCAAGGAGAUGCAACUCGUUUGUGCCCUGUGUACCACUUAGACAGUUCACCAUACCCCCCCAUUUGUUGAGGAACUCAUGGACAGCAACUGUACACUUUGCCAACUACAGCUCUUCGACAGACUCAAAACAAGCAACACAACAAGAAGUUGACAGCAAAGAUCUGCAGUCAACGGAAACAAAACAAUCCCCAACUCGGAUACCCACUGAGGAUGUCAAAAGGAUUUUACAACUUGCCCACCCUGAGCGCUUGCGACUGUCAGCGGCUGUGGGCUUCCUAAUGGUCUCCAGUGCUGUCACAAUGUCGGCGCCCUUCUUCCUGGGCCAAGUCAUUGACACCAUCUACACCAGCUCUUCAGAGGACUUCAGUGCCUCCCUCCGCUCUCUGUGUAUCAUGCUUUCAGGGGUAUUCCUUUGUGGGGGCGCCGCUAAUGCUGCCCGUGUCUACCUCAUGCAAAUCUCAGGUCAACAGAUUGUGAGAAAUCUACGUGUAUUCCUAUUCUCCUCGAUUCUGAGGCAGGAGGUAGGUUUCUUUGAUAAGACCCGUACCGGGGAACUCAUUAACCGCCUAUCUGCAGACACGGCACUCAUCGGCCGCUCCGUCACAGACAACCUUUCUGACGGGCUCCGCGCUGUCGCCCAGGCAACAGCUGGGGUCAGCAUGAUGUUUUACGUGUCACCAAGUUUAGCAGCCUUUGUGCUGCUGAUUGUGCCUCCUAUGGCUGGCCUAGCUGUCAUAUAUGGGAGAUACCUACGCUCCAUAUCCAAACGUACACAGGACUCUCUGGCUGAGGCCACACAGUUGGCAGAAGAACGCAUCAGCAACAUGAGGACAGUUCGGGCGUUUGGUAAGGAGCUGACAGAGGUGGCCAAGUAUACGGAGAAGGCCAACUAUGUUCUCCACCUGGCCAAACAGGAAGCCAUUUUGAGGGCUGGCUUCUUUGGCGCGACUGGACUCAGUGGCAACAUCAUCAUCCUGUCAGUGCUGUAUAAGGGAGGGCUAUUGAUGGCCAGUGAACACAUGACUGUGGGAGAGCUCUCUUCCUUCCUCAUGUACGCCUUCUGGGUGGGCAUUAGCAUUGCAGGUAUGAGCUCGUUCUACUCUGAACUGAUGAAGGGCUUUGGCGCAGGUGCACGGCUUUGGGAGCUACUGGACAGGAAGCCCGAGUUCCCCCUCAAUGAGGGUAUUGUACUGAGGCCGGAGCAGCUUAAGGGUCAACUGGAGUUCCAGAAUGUCUCCUUUGCCUACCCAACCCGCAAAGACGCCCCAAUCUUCCAGGACCUGAGUCUCUCUGUGCCUGCUGGCUCCGUCAUGGCCGUGGUAGGGCCCAGCGGAUCGGGCAAAUCCACUCUGGUCUCCCUGCUGCUCAGGCUCUACGACCCAGUUGCAGGUGUGAUCACUAUCGACGGGCAUGAUGUGAGAGAUUUGAAUCCUUAUUGGCUGAGGAGUCACAUUGGAACUGUUAGUCAGGAGCCUGUACUCUUCUCCUGUUCCAUCGCUGAGAACAUUGCCUAUGGAGCGCCCGACUCUGGCACGGUCACAGUUCAGGAAAUCCACCGGGCUGCACAGAUCGCCAACGCUUAUGAGUUUGUCCGAGGUUUCCCAAAAGGCUUUGACACUGUGGUGGGAGAGAAGGGUGUUCUUCUCUCAGGUGGUCAGAAACAGAGAAUUGCUAUUGCAAGGGCUCUGCUUAAGGUAUUUUUAAUUACACCCGAUUACAUGCAUCAAAAAUUUUAUGUUUUAGUCAAAUGGGCAAAUGUUGUAAUGUAUGCAUUCUCUCCCUCCUCUCAGAACCCCAAGAUACUUCUACUUGAUGAGGCUACAAGUGCCCUGGAUGCAGAGAAUGAGUUCCUGGUCCAGGAGGCUCUAGAGCGGCUCAUGGAUGGGCGCACAGUGCUGAUCAUCGCCCACCGCCUCUCCACCAUCCAGAACGCUGACGCCGUGGCUGUGCUGGAUCAGCGGCGUGUGGUGGAGUGUGGGCAGCACGCACAGCUCCUGGGCAACCGCCAAGGCCUCUUCAGGAAGCUGAUGGAGAAACAAGCCUUCCUUCAAGAGGGGCAAAAGCAAGCGUUGCGUUGAAAAGAGCUGGGAAGGGGCCUAAAAUGUAGAGAAACUGCCUUUAGCUGUGUGGUGACGUGCUAAUCACGCUGCGCUCUGCUACACUCCUCAGUCUGUCAGUGGUGUAUGUGAAUCAGUUUACGCUAUUUGGAAGGGAGCAUUUGAAUAUCAACUGGAACAUGAAUGAUUUUAAUAUUGCAGAGCCAUCUCGUAGUGCUGACGGGGAUUCAUUUUGAGACAGCCAGUAGGUUUGGAUUCUCUUCUUGAGGACACCCAACUUAUUGAGUAUCAUUCUUCAAGCUGCAAUAUGUAACUUUUUGGGUGACUUGACCAAAUUUGCAUAGAAAUAUUAUAGAUCAGUCACUCAUUGAAAGCAAGUCUAAGAAGGGGAAAAUCUGUUCUAUGUGCGCUAUUUCUAUGCUUCCUGUUAAGUUUCGUUUUGACGUCUUUUACUUUCGGUUUUGUACACCAGCUUUAAAAAUCUGGAAAUAUCUUUGAUUCUGAAAAAUAUAUUUCACAGUGGUUUAGAUGGUACAAGGAUUCUCUACACUGUGCUUCCUAGUUUUGUCACACACUGAAAUUAGGCAAACUAUUAGUUUCAGCUACCAGGAAAUGGCGGCGGGAGUUCUGUAUAGUGCAUCUUUGAGGUUAGGAUAUGCAGAAAAUAUGAAUGACACCAAAACUUUGAAGUACGGCCUAUGUGAAGUAAAUAUUAUAACUGAGUCACUAUGCCUUUUCAAGAAAGCAAAAGCUGUCUUUUGUAUUAAAUAACUACUUACCAGACUGAAACAAAUAUACACUCAGUGGCAAGUUUCUUAGGUCCGCCAACCCGUUCACAAAAUUGGGUCGUGCCUUUAGAUAGUGAGUCAUGUGGCUUGCAAUAUAAAGCAAACGGACAGUCAUCGAGGCAUUCAGUUAUUGUUCGAUUGAAGGUUAGAAUUGGUGAAACGAUUGACCUAAGCGACAUUGAGCAUGGUUUGAUCGUCGGUGCCAGGCAUGCAGGUUCCAGUAUCUUAGAAACGGUCUGCCUCCUGUGCUUUUCACGCACAACCGUGUCUAGGGUUUACCGAGGCGUGAGACAAACAAAAAAACAUCCAAUCAGCAGCAGUCCUGUGGGCGAAAACAGCUUGUUGAUGAGAGGUCGAUUGAGAAUGGCAAGAAUAGUGCAAGCUUACAGGCGGACCACAAACAGGCAACUAAUGGCGCACAACGACAUCUCGGAACUCACAACUCAUCCGUCCUUGUCACAGAUGGGCUAUUGCAGCAGACGACCACACCAGGUUCCACUCCUAUCAGCUAAAAACAAGAAGCGGCUCCAGUGGGCACGCAAUCACCAACAUUGACAAUUGAGGAGUAAAAAAAAACAACAUUGCCUGGUACGAUGAAUCUUGAUUCCUGUUGCGUCAUGUCAGGAUUUGGCAUAAGCAGCGUGAGCCCAUGGCCCAUCCUGCCUGGUGUCAACAGUAGAGGAUGAUUGGGGCGGUGUGGGGAUGUUAAUUCCAUUGAUAACAAUUGAGCAAUGUUUCCAUGCCCUGAAGAAUUCAGACUGUUCUGGAGGCAAAGGGGUGUCCGACUCGGUACCAGAUGGGUGUACCUAAUAAACUUGCCACAGGGUGCAUUUAUUUGUUACAAGUUAUCCGAAACGUGAAGCUAGCAUUGUCAAUUAUGUAGGCCUAUUUCAAAGACAAUGGCAAACAUACAGAGCACUGAUAUACAAGCAACAUUGGCAUAAAUGUGGACGAUAAUCAAAUAUCUUACAUUGCAGUUGAUAAAGCAAACAAACCACCACUGAUCAGUUCUGAAAAUGAUGUGCAUAUCCAUGCAAAUGUUCUGCUAUAUCACCUAUUUCACCACUGGCUAUUAUUUCAUUGAUGGAUAGUAUGCUGGAUAUUUGAUUUACAUAAAAUACAAUCACAAAAUUAAUCUUCAAAGAUGCUUUUGGGUGUUCCACUGGUAUCAAUUGUACAUUGUACAUUUCUGAACAAUCUAACAUUCAAUAGGUAGAAUUUGACCAAAUCCAUGUUAUCUUGACAGUAUGUAUGACUGAAAGACCUUGCAGACUUUUUAGUAUUUGGAUUUAGAGUUCAGCAAAAUCCUUUAUACUAAUGCGAUAUGUAGAUCUUUAAAAUGUGGCAUUAUAAGCUCACAGUAUCAAAUAACAUUUAUUUUCUUAUCAGACACUGAUGAAUAGAUUUUUCUCACCUACCUGUGACACUGGAUGUACUGUGCCUGGAUUGUACUGCAAAGAAACAUUCACUGCUCUGUUUUGUGCUAUUUUGCUCCUCACAUUUUAAUCUUGGAUUCAGUAGUCAUCCUUGUGCAAUAGAAAGGCAAGAACAAGAAUGGUAGGGAGAUUUUAAAUAAGCUUUGAGCUUCAACCAAUGCCAUACCAAUGUGUUUGUGUGUAAGUCCUAUAUAAAUGUUCUCUACAGAAGGCUCCUUGGUAAAAUCAGCAUGUUGUAAUAAUGUAUUCAAAUAUAAUAUUUUAAUGAUUUUGUGUGCUAAAUUAUUAGGCCUUUGUGAAAAAUAAACGAUUUUAAUAAUA